AUGCCGAUUCCAAAAAUUUGUUUUUCACUCACGUUAUUUAUCAUUUCAUCAUUUGUGAUUGAAUCUAUACAAGCUGAUGAAGGUUGGUCAAAAGUGCAUAACAACAAUUUGACUUCCAUAAUACCCCUUCACCACUAUGGAGGAAAAAGCUAUUAUAUGGGCACGCAUUUCAGAGCUACAUACCAGCAAGCGAUAGCAUUUUGUGAGCAAAUAAAUAUGAAAUUAUUAACGAUUCGUUCACAUGAGGAAAACGAAAGGAUUUUCAAAUAUAUUCGAGAAGCAAGUGUUGGCAACGACUACUGGACCUCUGGUACAAGACUGGUGGACGGCUACAACUGGCUGUGGCUGCCUUAUGGAGAAACAGUAGAUUACACGAAUUGGUCUACGAGACAGCCGUCACACCUGACCGAGAAAUGUCUGCAAUUGUGGGUUGUUCGCGGCCAACUCGAAUGGAACGACAGAUCGUGCGACUAUCGUUACUGGUUCAUUUGCGAAAGAUUAAAUAAUCAAAAUAAUAAUGAUCCUUCAAUCUGA